AUGGCAAAUGCUUCAACAGUCACCUUACAUUCAGGUUCAAAAAAUUCAACAACUUUAACAACACCUACUGCUAUCAUAAUACCACAAACAACUUCUUUGGUUUCAACUUUUUCAAUAUCAUCACUUUCAACUACUACCAUAUCUUCCUCCACAUCUACAGAAGCCUCUCAAACAACACCUUCAACUUCAUCAAAUUUACCUACUACAGUGUCAAGUACGACUUCAUCUCAGACCACCAGUUCUUCCUCACCAUCUUUGGAAACUUCUUCAAUAUUGUCUACAACUACAACUACAUCACCAGCUGAACCAACAACUACCACUUCAUCACCAGUAACUACAAAAUCCCAAACAUCUACAUCAUCAAAGUCUACAGUAAACUAUCUAACAACACCUUCAGCGACCACAACAUUAUCCACUGAAUUACUACCCUACACUUCAUCACCUCUUACUACAAAAGGUCAAAAACUGACUUCAGCCUCAACAUCUACAGAAACCUCACAAACAACACCUCCAACAACUUCACAAUCAUCUAAUGCAGUUUCAACUACAGCUUCAUCUCAGACAACCACUUCUGCAUCAACAUUUUUGGAAACAUCUACAGCAUCACCUACAACAACAACUUCAUCACCUACUGUAUCUUCAUCUACCACCUCAUCACAAGUAACUACAAAUUCCCAAACAUCUUCAGCCUCAACAUCCACAGUAAGCUCUCUAACAACACCUUCAGCUACCACAACAUUAUCCACUGAAUUACCACCCUACACUUCAUCACCUCUUACUACAAAAGGUCAAAAACUGACUUCAGCCUCAACAUCUACAGAAGCCUCACAAACUACACCUAAGACUUUACAAAUUUUACCUACAACAGUGUCAAGUACAACUACAUUUCAGACCACCACUUCUUCCUCACAAUCAUUGGACACUUCUACAAUAUCGUCUACAACUAGGACUGCAUCACUAACUGAACCAACAACUACCACUUCAUCGCCAGUAACUACAAAAUCCCAAACAACAUCUACAUCAUCAACGUCCACAGUAAGUUCUCUAACAACACCUUCAGCUACCACAACAUUAUCCACUGAAUUACCACCCUACACUUCAUCACUUCUUACUACAAAAGGUCAAAAACUGACUUCGGCCUCAACAUCUACAGAAACCUCACAAACAACACCUCCAACAACUUCACAAUCAUCUAGUGCAGUUUCAACUACAACUUCAUCUCAGACCACCACUUCUGCAUCAACAUUUUUGGAAACAUCUACAGCAUCACCUACAACAACAACUUCAUCACCUACUGCAUCUUCAGCUACCACCUCAUCACAAGUAACUACAAAUUCCCAAACAUCUUCAGCCUCAACAUCUACAGUAACCACUCCAACUACACUUCCAACAACAAGUGCAUCAUCAACUGAAGUAUCAACUAGCACUUCAUAUCCUUUUACCACAAAAAGUCAAACAACAACUUCAACCUCAGCUACAACCUCUGAAACAACAUCAUCACCCUCAACAGCAGCUGCAACCUCUGAAACAACAUCAUCACCCUCAUCAUCAUCUGCAACCUCUGAAACAACAUCAUCACCCUCAUCAUCAUCUGCAACCUCUGAAACAACAUCAUCACCCUCAACAGCAGCUGCAACCUCUGAAACAACAUCAUCACCUACCACGGCAUCAUCUAGUGAAGCAUCAACUAGUACUACAUCUUUUGAAACAACAGCAAGUCAAACAAUGACUUCAGCCUCAACAUCUACAGAAACCUCUCCAACAACACCUUCAAGUACUUCACAAUCAUCUAGUGCAGUUUCAACGACAACUUCAUCUCAGACCACCACUUCUGCAUCAACAUCUAUGGAAACAUCUACAGCAUCACCUACAACAACAACUUCAUCACCUACUGUAUCUUCAGCUACCACUUCAUCACCAGUAACUACAAAAUCCCAAACAUUAUCUUCAUCAUCAACAUCCACAGUAAGCUCUCUAACAACACCUUCAGCUACCCCAACAUUAUCCACUGAAUUACCACCCUACACUUCAUCACCUCUUACUACAAAAGGUCAAAAACUGACUUCAGCCUCAACAUCUACAGAAACCUCACAAACAACACCUCCAACAACUUCACAAUCAUCUACUGCCGUUACAACAACAACACAAUCUGAAACCACCAGUUCAUCAAAAUCUUCAACAUCUGCAAUUCCACCUACAACUACAUCAUCACCAUCUACUGAGCCAUCAACUCCUACUUCAUUGCCAGUAACUUUAAAGUCUGAAACAACAUUUCCAGCAUUAACAUCUAUAGUAACCUCACCAAUAACUACAACUAGUACCGCAUCAUCUACUGAAGCAUCAAUUAGCACUUCAUUGUCAGAUAGUACAAACUUUCAAACAACCACUUCAUCCUCCACAUCUACACAAACCUCUCAAACAAUAGCUUCUGCUUCAUCAAAUUUACCUACUACAGUGUCAAGUACAACUUCAUCUCAGACUACCACUUCUUCCUCACCAUCUUUGGAAACUUCUACAAUAUCGUCUCCAGCUACAACUGCAUCACCAACUGAAACAACUACCACUUCAUCACCAGUAACUACAAAAUCCCAAACAUCAUUUACAUCAUCAAUGUCUAUAGUAAGCUCUCUAACAACACCUUCAGAAACCACAUUAUCCAAUGAAGCAUCAACUUCUAGUUCAUUCCCACUUGCUACACAAGUUCAAACAACGACUUUACCCUCAACAUCUACAAAGACCUCACAAACAACAGCUCCACCAACUUCAGAAUCAUCAACCGCGGUUAAAACUACAACAUCAUCUCAAACCACCACUUUUCCAUCUUCAUCUUCAACAUCUGAAUUACCACAUAUAACUACAACUUCAUCAUCUACUGAAGCAUCAACUCCUACUUCAUUGCCAGUAACUACAAAGUCUGAAACAUCAUUUCCAGCAUUAACAUCUACAGUAACCUCACCAAUAACUACAACUAGUACUGCAUCAUCUACUGAAGCAUCAAUUAGCACUUCAUCGUCAGAUACUACAAACUUUCAAACAACCACUUCAUCCUCCACAUCUACAGAAGCCUCUCAAACAAUACCUUCAGCUUCGUCAAAUUUACCUACUACGGUAUCAAGUACAACUUUGUAUCAGACCACCACUUCUUCCUCACCAUCUUUGGAAACUUCUACAAUAUUGUCAACAACUACAAAUGCAUUACCAACUGAAAUAUCUACCACUUCAUCACCAGUAAUUACAAAAUCCCAAACAUUAUCUUCAUCAUCAACGUCUUCAGUAAGUUCUCUAACAACACCUUCAGAAACCACAUUAUCCACUGAAGCAUCAACUUUCAGUUCAUCCCCACUUGCUACACAAGUUCAAACAACGACUUUACCCCCAACAUCUACAAAAACCUCACGAACAACAGCUCCACAAACUUCAGAAUCAUCUACUGCAGUUGAAACUACAACAUCAUCUCAAACCACCACUUCUCCAUCUUCAUCUUCAACAUCUGCAAUACCACAUAUAACUACAACUUCAUCAUCUACUGAACCAUCAUCUACCAUUUCAUUGCCAGUAACUACAAAAUCUCAAACAACAUUUUCAUCAUCAACAUCCACAGUAAUCUCACCAACAACAACUUCAACUAGAACUGCAUCAUCUAUUGAAGCAUCAAUUAGCACUUCAUCGUCUGUUGCUACACAAGGUCAAACAACCACUUCUUCCUCCACAUCAACAGAAGCUUCACAAACUACACCUAAGACUUUACCAAUUUUACCUAUAACAGUGUCAAGUACAACUACAAUUCAGACCACCACUUCUUCCUCACAAUCAUUGGACACUUCUACAAUAUCGUCUAUAACUAGGACUGCAUCACUAACUGAACCAACAACUACCACUUCAUCGCCAGUAACUACAAAAUCCCAAACAACAUCUACAUCGUCAACGUCCACAAUAAGCUCUCUAACAACACCUUCAGCUACCACAACAUUAUCCACUGAAUUUCCACCCUACACUUCCUCACCUCUUACUACAAAAGGUCAAAAACUGACUUCAGCCUCAACAUCUACAGAAACCUCACAAACAACACCUCCAACAACUUCACAAUCAUCUAGUGCAGUUUCAACUACAACUUCAUCACAGACCACCACUUCUGCAUCAACAUUUUUGGAAACAUCUACAGCAUCACCUACAACAACAACUUCAUCACCUACUGUAUCUUCAGCUACCACCUCAUCACAAGUAACUACAAAUUCCCAAACAUCUUCAGCCUCAACAUCUACAGUAAUCACUCCAACUACACUUCCAAAAACAAUAAGUCAAACAACGACUUCAGCUUCAACAUCUACAGAAACCUCUCCAACAACACCUUCAAGUACUUUACAAUCAUCUAGUGCAGUUUCAACUACAACUUCAUCUCAGACCACCACUUCUGCAUCAACAUCUAUGGAAACAUCUACAACAUCACCUACAACAACAACUUCAUCACCUACUGUAUCUUCAGCUACCACUUCAUCACCAGUAACUACAAAAUCCCAAACAUUAUCUUCAUCAUCAACAUCCACAGUAAGCUCUCUAACAACACCUUCAGCUACCACAACAUUAUCCACUGAAUUACCACCCUACACUUCAUCACCUCUUACUACAAAAGGUCAAAAACUGACUUCAGCCUCAACAUCUACAGAAACCUCACAAACAACACCUCCAACAACUUCACAAUCAUCUACUGCCGUUACAACAACAACACAAUCUGAAACCACCAGUUCAUCAAAAUCUUCAACAUCUGCAAUUCCACCUACAACUACAUCAUCACCAUCUACUGAGCCAUCAACUCCUACUUCAUUGCCAGUAACUUUAAAGUCUCAAACAACAUUUCCCGCAUUAACAUCUAUAGUAACCUCACCAAUAACUACAACUAGUACCGCAUCAUCUACUGAAGCAUCAAUUAGCACUUCAUUGUCAGAUAGUACAAACUUUCAAACAACCACUUCAUCCUCCACAUCUACACAAACCUCUCAAACAAUAGCUUCUGCUUCAUCAAAUUUACCUACUACAGUGUCAAGUACAACUUCAUCUCAGACCACCACUUCUUUCUCACCAUCUCUGGAAACUUCUACAAUAUCGUCAACAACUACAAAUGCAUUACCAACUGAAAUAUCUACCACUUCAUCACCAGUAACUACAAAAUCCCAAACAUUAUCUUCAUCAUCAACGUCUUCAGUAAGCUCUCUAACAACACCUUCAGAAACCACAUUAUCCACUGAACCAUCAACUUCCAGUUCAUUCCCACUUGCUACACAAGUUCAAACAACGACUUUACCCUCAACAUCUACAAAAACCUCACAAACAACAGCUCCACCAACUUCAGAAUCAUCAACUGCGGUUAAAACUACAACAUCAUCUCAAACCACCACUUUUCCAUCUUCAUCUUCAACAUCUGAAUUACCACAUAUAACUACAACUUCAUCAUCCACUGAAGCAUCAACUCCUACUUCAUUGCCAGUAACUACAAAGUCUAAAACAUCAUUUCCAGCAUUAACAUCUACAGUAACCUCACCAAUAACUACAACUAGUACUGCAUCAUCUACUGAAGCAUCAAUUAGCACUUCAUCGUCGGAUACUACAAACUUUCAAACAACCACUUCAUCCUCCACAUCUACAGAAGCCUCUCAAACAAUACCUUCAGCUUCGUCAAAUUUACCUACUACAGUAUCAAGUACAACUUUGUAUCAGAUCACCACUUCUUCCUCACCAUCUUUGGAAACUUCUACAAUAUCGUCAACAACUACAAAUGCAUUACCAACUGAAAUAUCUACCACUUCAUCACCAGUAACUACAAAAUCCCAAACAUUAUCUUCAUCAUCAACGUCUUCAGUAAGCUCUCUAACAACACCUUCAGCUACCACAACAUUAUCCACUGAAUUACCACCCUACACUUUAUCACCUCUUACUACAAAAGGUCAAAAACUGACUUCAGCCUCAACAUCUACAGAAACCUCUCCAACAACACCUCCAACAACUUCACAAUCAUCUAGUGCAGUUUCAACUACAACUUCAUCUCAGACCACCACUUCUGCAUCAACAUCUAUGGAAACAUCUACAGCAUCACCUACAACAACAACUUCAUCACCUACUGUAUCUUCAGCUACCACUUCACAACCAGUAACUACAAAAUCCCAAACAUUAUCUUCAUCAUCAACGUCCACAGUAAGCUCUCUAACAACACCUUCAGCUACCACAACAUUAUCCACUGAAUUACCACCCUACACUUCAUCACCUCUUACUACAAAAGGUCAAAAACUGACUUCAGCCUCAACAUCUACAGAAACCUCUCCAACAACACCUCCAACAACUUCACAAUCAUCUAGUGCAGUUUCAGCUACAACUUCAUCUCAGACCACCAUUUCUGCAUCCACAUUUUUGGAAACAUCUACAGCAUCACCUACAACAACAACUUCAUCACCUACUGUAUCUUCAGCUACCACCUCAUCACAAGUAACUACAAAUUCCCAAACAUCUUCAGCCUCAACAUCUACAGUAACCACUCCAACUACACCUCCAACAACCAGUGCAUCAUCUGCUGAAGCAUCAACUAGCACUUCAUAUCCUGUUACCACAAAAAGUCAAACAACUUCAAUCUUACCAUCAGCUGCAACCUCUGAAACAACAUCAUCACCCUCAACAGCAGCUGCAACCUCUGAAACAAUAUCAUCACCCUCAACAGCAGCUGCAACCUCUGAAACAACAUCAUCACCCUCAUCAUCAUCUGCAACCUCUGAAACAACAUCAUUACCCUCAACAGCAGCUGCCACCUCUGAAACAACAUCAUCAUCUACCACGGCAUCAUCUAGUGAAGCAUCAACUAGAACUACAUCUGUUGAAACAACAGUAACUCAAACAACGACUUCAGCCUCAACAUCUACAGAAACCUCUCCAACAACACCUUCAAGUACUUCACAAUCAUCUAGUGCAGUUUCAACUACAACUUCAUCUCAGUCCACCACUUCUGCAUCAACAUCUAUGGAAACAUCUACAGCAUCACCUACAACAACAACUUCAUCACCUACUGUAUCUUCAGCUACCACUUCAUCACCAGUAACUACAACAUCCCAAACAUUAUCUUCAUCAUCAACGUCCACAGUAAGCUCUCUAACAACACCUUCAGCUACCAUAACAUUAUCCACUGAAUUACCACCCUACACUUCAUCACCUCUUACUACAAAAGGUCAAAAACUGACUUCAGCCUCAACAUCUACAGAAACCUCUCCAACAACACCUCCAACAACUUCACAAUCAUCUAGUGCAGUUUCACCUACAACUUCAUCUCAGACCACCACUUCUGCAUCAACAUCUAUGGAAACAUCUACAGCAUCUCCUACAACAACUUCAUCACCUACUGUAUCUUCAGCUACCACUUCAUCACCAGUAACUACAAAAUCCCAAACAUUAUCUUCAUCAUCAACGUCCACAGUAAGCUCUCUAACAACACCUUCAGCUACCAUAACAUUAUCCACUGAAUUACCACCCUACACUUCAUCACCUCUUACUACAAAAGGUGAAAAACUUACUUCAGCCUCAACAUCUACAGAAACCUCUCCAACAACACCUCCAACAACUUCACAAUCAUCUAGUGCAGUUUCAGCUACAACUUCAUCUCAGACCACCAUUUCUGCAUCCACAUUUUUGGAAACAUCUACAGCAUCACCUACAACAACAACUUCAUCACCUACUGUAUCUUCAGCUACCACUUCAUCACCAGUAACUACAAAAUCCCAAACAUUAUCUUCAUCAUCAACGUCCACAGUAAGCUCUCUAACAACACCUUCAGCUACCACAAUAUUAUCCACUGAAUUACCACCCUACACUUCAUCACCUCUUACUACAAAAGGUCAAAAACUGACUUCAGCCUCAACAUCUACAGAAACCUCUCCAACAACACCUCCAACAACUUCACAAUCAUCUAUUGCAGUUUCAGCUACAACUUCAUCUCAGACCACCACUUCUGCAUCCAAAUUUUUGGAAACAUCUACAGCAUCACCUACAACAACAACUUCAUCACCUACUGUAUCUUCAGCUACCACCUCAUCACAAGUAACUACAAAUUCCCAAACAUCUUCAGCCUCAACAUCUACAGUAACCACUCCAACUACACCUCCAACAACCAGUGCAUCAUCUGCUGAAGCAUCAACUAGCACUUCAUAUCUUGUUACCACAAAAAUAACUCAAACAACGACUUCGGCCUCAACAUCUACAGAAACCUCUCCAACAACACCUUCAAGUACUUCACAAUCAUCUAGUGCAGUUUCAACUACAACUUCAUCUCAGACCACAACUUCUGCAUCAACAUCUAUGGAAACAUCUACAGCAUCACCUACAACAACAACUUCAUCACCUACUGUAUCUUCAGCUACCACUUCAUCACCAGUAACUACAAAAUCCCAAACAUUAUCUUCAUCAUCAACGUCCACAGUAAGCUCUCUAACAACACCUUCAGCUACCAUAACAUUAUCCACUGAAUUACCACCCUACACUUCAUCACCUCUUACUACAAAAGGUCAAAAACUGACUUCAGCCUCAACAUCUACAGAAACCUCUCCAACAACACCUCCAACAACUUCACAAUCAUCUAGUGCAGUUUCAGCUACAACUUCAUCUCAGACCACCAUUUCUGCAUCCACAUUUUUGGAAACAUCUACAGCAUCACCUACAACAACAACUUCAUCACCUACUGUAUCUUCAGCUACCACUUCAUCACCAGUAACUACAAAAUCCCAAACAUUAUCUUCAUCAUCAACGUCCACAGUAAGCUCUCUAACAACACCUUCAGCUACCACAACAUUAUCCACUGAAUUACCACCCUACACUUCAUCACCUCUUACUACAAAAGGUCAAAAACUGACUUCAGCCUCAACAUCUACAGAAACCUCUCCAACAACACCUCCAACAACUUCACAAUCAUCUAGUGCAGUUUCAGCUACAACUUCAUCUCAGACCACCACUUCUGCAUCCAAAUUUUUGGAAACAUCUACAGCAUCACCUACAACAACAACUUCAUCACCUACUGUAUCUUCAGCUACCACCUCAUCACAAGUAACUACAAAUUCCCAAACAUCUUCAGCCUCAACAUCUACAGUAACCACUCCAACUACACCUCCAACAACCAGUGCAUCAUCUGCUGAAGCAUCAACUAGCACUUCAUAUCUUGUUACCACAAAAAUAACUCAAACAACGACUUCAGCCUCAACAUCUACAGAAACCUCUCCAACAACACCUUCAAGUACUUCACAAUCAUCUAGUGCAGUUUCAACUACAACUUCAUCUCAGACCACCACUUCUGCAUCAACAUCUAUGGAAACAUCUACAGCAUCACCUACAACAACAACUUCAUCACCUACUGUAUCUUCAGCUACCACUUCAUCACCAGUAACUACAAAAUCCCAAACAUUAUCUUCAUCAUCAACGUCCACAGUAAGCUCUCUAACAACACCUUCAGCUACCAUAACAUUAUCCACUGAAUUACCACCCUACACUUCAUCACCUCUUACUACAAAAGGUCAAAAACUGACUUCAGCCUCAACAUCUACAGAAACCUCUCCAACAACACCUCCAACAACUUCACAAUCAUCUAGUGCAGUUUCAGCUACAACUUCAUCUCAGACCACCACUUCUGCAUCCACAUUUUUGGAAACAUCUACAGCAUCACCUACAACAACAACUUCAUCACCUACUGUAUCUUCAGCUACCACCUCAUCACAAGUAACUACAAAUUCCCAAACAUCUUCAGCCUCAACAUCUACAGUAACCACUCCAACUACACCUCCAACAACCAGUGCAUCAUCUGCUGAAGCAUCAACUAGCACUUCAUAUCCUGUUACCACAAAAAUAACUCAAACAACGACUUCAGCCUCAACAUCUACAGAAACAUCUCCAACAACACCUUCAAGUACUUCACAAUCAUCUAGUGCAGUUUCAACUACAACUUCAUCUCAGACCACCACUUCUGCAUCAACAUCUAUGGAAACAUCUACAGCAUCACCUACAACAACAACUUCAUCACCUACUGUAUCUUCAGCUACCACUUCAUCACCAGUAACUACAAAAUCCCAAACAUUAUCUUCAUCAUCAACGUCCACAGUAAGCUCUCUAACAACACCUUCAGCUACCAUAACAUUAUCCACUGAAUUACCACCCUACACUUCAUCACCUCUUACUACAAAAGGUCAAAAACUGACUUCAGCCUCAACAUCUACAGAAACCUCUCCAACAACACCUCCAACAACUUCACAAUCAUCUAGUGCAGUUUCAGCUACAACUUCAUCUCAGACCACCACUUCUGCAUCCACAUUUUUGGAAACAUCUACAGCAUCACCUACAACAACAACUUCAUCACCUACUGUAUCUUCAGCUACCACCUCAUCACAAGUAACUACAAAUUCCCAAACAUCUUCAGCCUCAACAUCUACAGUAACCACUCCAACUACACCUCCAACAACCAGUGCAUCAUCUGCUGAAGCAUCAACUAGCACUUCAUAUCCUGUUACCACAAAAAUAACUCAAACAACGACUUCAGCCUCAACAUCUACAGAAACCUCUCCAACAACACCUUCAAGUACUUCACAAUCAUCUAGUGCAGUUUCACCUACAACUUCAUCUCAGACCACCACUUCUGCAUCAACAUCUAUGGAAACAUCUACAGCAUCUCCUACAACAACUUCAUCACCUACUGUAUCUUCAGCUACCACUUCAUCACCAGUAACUACAACAUCCCAAACAUUAUCUUCAUCAUCAACGUCCACAGUAAGCUCUCUAACAACACCUUCAGCUACCACAACAUUAUCCACUGAAUUACCACCCUACACUUCAUCACCUCUUACUACAAAAGGUCAAAAACUGACUUCAGCCUCAACAUCUACAGAAACCUCUCCAACAACACCUCCAACAACUUCACAAUCAUCUAGUGCAGUUUCAGCUACAACUUCAUCUCAGAGCACCACUUCUGCAUCCACAUUUUUGGAAACAUCUACAGCAUCACCUACAACAACAACUUCAUCACCUACUGUAUCUUCAGCUACCACCUCAUCACAAGUAACUACAAAUUCCCAAACAUCUUCAGCCUCAACAUCUACAGUAACCACUCCAACUACACCUCCAACAACCAGUGCAUCAUCUGCUGAAGCAUCAACUAGCACUUCAUAUCCUGUUACCACAAAAAUAACUCAAACAACGACUUCAGCCUCAACAUCUACAGAAACCUCUCCAACAACACCUUCAAGUACUUCACAAUCAUCUAGUGCAGUUUCAACUACAACUUCAUCUCAGACCACCACUUCUGCAUCAACAUCUAUGGAUACAUCUACAGCAUCACCUACAACAACAACUUCAUCACCUACUGUAUCUUCAGCUACCACUUCAUCACCAGUAACUACAAAAUCCCAAACAUUAUCUUCAUCAUCAACGUCCACAGUAAGCUCUCUAACAACACCUUCAGCUACCAUAACAUUAUCCACUGAAUUACCACCCUACACUUCAUCACCUCUUACUACAAAAGGUCAAAAACUGACUUCAGCCUCAACAUCUACAGAAACCUCUCCAACAACACCUCCAACAACUUCACAAUCAUCUAGUGCAGUUUCAACUACAACUUCAUCUCAGACCACCACUUCUGCAUCAACAUCUAUGGAAACAUCUACAGCAUCACCUACAACAAGAACUUCAUCACCUACUGUAUCAUCAGCUACCACUUCAUCACCAGUAACUACAAAAUCCCAAACAUUACCUUCAUCAUCAACGUCCACAGUAAGCUCUCUAACAACACCUUCAGCUACCACAACAUUAUCCACUGAAUUACCACCCUACACUUCAUCACCUCUUACUACAAAAGGUCAAAAACUGACUUCAGCCUCAACAUCUACAGAAACAUCUCCAACAACACCUCCAACAACUUCACAAUCAUAUAGUGCAGUUUCAGCUACAACUUCAUCUCAGACCACCAUUUUUGCAUCCACAUUUUUGGAAACAUCUACAGCAUCACAUACAACAACAACUUCAUCACCUACUGUAUCUUCAGCUACCACCUCAUCACAAGUAACUACAAAUUCCCAAACAUCUUCAGCCUCAACAUCUACAGUAACCACUCCAACUACACCUCCAACAACCAGUGCAUCAUCUGCUGAAGCAUCAACUAGCACUUCAUAUCCUGUUACCACAAAAAGUCAAACAACUUCAAUCUCAGCAUCAGCUGCAACCUCUGAAACAACAUCAUCACCCUCAACAGCAGCUGCAACCUCUGAAACAAUAUCAUCACCCUCAGCAGCUGCAAUCUCUGAAACAGCAUCAUCACCCUCAUCAUCAUCUGCAACCUCUGAAACAACAUCAUUACCGUCAACAGCAGCUGCCACCUCUGAAACAACAUCAUCAUCUACCACGGCAUCAUCUAGUGAAGCAUCAACUAGAACUACAUCUGUUGAAACAACAGUAACUGAAACAACGACUUCAGCCUCAACAUCUACAGAAACCUCUCCAACAACACCUUCAAGUACUUCACAAUCAUCUAGUGCAGUUUCAACUACAACUUCAUCUCAGACCACCACUUCUGCAUCAACAUCUAUGGAAACAUCUACAGCAUCACCUACAACAACAACUUCAUCACCUACUGUAUCUUCAGCUACCACUUCAUCACCAGUAACUACAAAAUCCCAAACAUUAUCUUCAUCAUCAACGUCCACAGUAAGCUCUCUAACAACACCUUCAGCUACCAUAACAUUAUCCACUGAAUUACCACCCUACACUUCAUCACCUCUUACUACAAAAGGUCAAAAACUGACUUCAGCCUCAACAUCUACAGAAACCUCUCCAACAACACCUCCAACAACUUCACAAUCAUCUAGUGCAGUUUCAGCUACAACUUCAUCUCAGACCACCAUUUCUGCAUCCACAUUUUUGGAAACAUCUACAGCAUCACCUACAACAACAACUUCAUCACCUACUGUAUCUUCAGCUACCACCUCAUCACAAGUAACUACAAAUUCCCAAACAUCUUCAGCCUCAACAUCUACAGUAACCACUCCAACUACACCUCCAACAACCAGUGCAUCAUCUGCUGAAGCAUCAACUAGCACUUCAUAUCCUGUUACCACAAAAAGUCAAACAACUUCAAUCUCAGCAUCAGCUGCAACCUCUGAAACAACAUCAUCACCCUCAACAGCAGCUGCAACCUCUGAAACAAUAUCAUCACCCUCAACAGCAGCUGCAACCUCUGAAACAACAUCAUCACCCUCAUCAUCAUCUGCAACCUCUGAAACAACAUCAUUACCCUCAACAGCAGCUGCCACCUCUGAAACAACAUCAUCAUCUACCACGGCAUCAUCUAGUGAAGCAUCAACUAGAACUACAUCUGUUGAAACAACAGUAACUGAAACAACGACUUCAGCCUCAACAUCUACAGAAACCUCUCCAACAACACCUUCAAGUACUUCACAAUCAUCUAGUGCAGUUUCAACUACAACUUCAUCUCAGACCACCACUUCUGCAUCAACAUCUAUGGAAACAUCUACAGCAUCACCUACAACAACAACUUCAUCACCUACUGUAUCUUCAGCUACCACUUCAUCACCAGUAACUACAAAAUCCCAAAAAUUAUCUUCAUCAUCAACGUCCACAGUAAGCUCUCUAACAACACCUUCAGCUACCAUAACAUUAUCCACUGAAUUACCACCCUACACUUCAUCACCUCUUACUACAAAAGGUCAAAAACUGACUUCAGCCUCAACAUCUACAGAAACCUCUCCAACAACACCUCCAACAACUUCACAAUCAUCUAGUGCAGUUUCACCUACAACUUCAUCUCAGACCACCAUUUCUGCAUCCACAUUUUUGGAAACAUCUACAGCAUCACCUACAACAACAACUUCAUUACCUACUGUAUCUUCAGCUACCACCUCAUCACAAGUAACUACAAAUUCCCAAACAUCUUCAGCCUCAACAUCUACAGUAACCACUCCAACUACACCUCCAACAACCAGUGCAUCAUCUGCUGAAGCAUCAACUAGCACUUCAUAUCCUGUUACCACAAAAAGUCAAACAACUUCAAUCUCAGCAUCAGCUGCAACCUCUGAAACAACAUCAUCACCCUCAACAGCAGCUGCAACCUCUGAAACAAUAUCAUCACCCUCAACAGCAGCUGCAACCUCUGAAACAACAUCAUCACCCUCAUCAUCAUCUGCAACCUCUGAAACAACAUCAUUACCCUCAACAGCAGCUGCCACCUCUGAAACAACAUCAUCAUCUACCACGGCAUCAUCUAGUGAAGCAUCAACUAGAACUACAUCUGUUGAAACAAAAGUAACUCAAACAACGACUUCAGCCUCAACAUCUACAGAAACCUCUCCAACAACACCUUCAAGUACUUCACAAUCAUCUAGUGCAGUUUCAACUACAACUUCAUCUCAGACCACCACUUCUGCAUCAACAUCUAUGGAAACAUCUACAGCAUCACCUACAACAACAACUUCAUCACCUACUGUAUCUUCAGCUACCACUUCAUCACCAGUAACUACAAAAUCCCAAACAUUAUCUUCAUCAUCAACGUCCACAGUAAGCUCUCUAACAACACCUUCAGCUACCACAACAUUAUCCACUGAAUUACCACCCUACACUUCAUCACCUCUUACUACAAAAGGUCAAAAACUGACUUCAGCCUCAACAUCUACAGAAACCUCUCCAACAACACCUCCAACAACUUCACAAUCAUCUAGUGCAGUUUCAGCUACAACUUCAUCUCAGACCACCAUUUCUGCAUCCACAUUUUUGGAAACAUCUACAGCAUCACCUACAACAACAACUUCAUUACCUACUGUAUCUUCAGCUACCACCUCAUCACAAGUAACUACAAAUUCCCAAACAUCUUCAGCCUCAACAUCUACAGUAACCACUCCAACUACACCUCCAACAACCAGUGCAUCAUCUGCUGAAGCAUCAACUAGCACUUCAUAUCCUGUUACCACAAAAAGUCAAACAACUUCAAUCUCAGCAUCAGCUGCAUCCUCUGAAACAACAUCAUCACCCUCAACAGCAGCUGCAACCUCUGAAACAAUAUCAUCACCCUCAACAGCAGCUGCAACCUCUGAAACAACAUCAUCACCCUCAUCAUCAUCUGCAACCUCUGAAACAACAUCAUUACCCUCAACAGCAGCUGCCACUUCUGAAACAACAUCAUCAUCUACCACGGCAUCAUCUAGUGAAGCAUCAACUAGAACUACAUUUGUUGAAACAACAGUAACUCAAACAACGACUUCAGCCUCAACAUCUACAGAAACCUCUCCAACAACACCUUCAAGUACUUCACAAUCAUCUAGUGCAGUUUCAACUACAACUUCAUCUCAGACCACCACUUCUGCAUCAACAUCUAUGGAUACAUCUACAGCAUCACCUACAACAACAACUUCAUCACCUACUGUAUCUUCAGCUACCACUUCAUCACCAGUAACUACAAAAUCCCAAACAUUAUCUUCAUCAUCAACGUCCACAGUAAGCUCUCUAACAACACCUUCAGCUACCAUAACAUUAUCCACUGAAUUACCACCCUACACUUCAUCACCUCUUACUACAAAAGGUCAAAAACUGACUUCAGCCUCAACAUCUACAGAAACCUCUCCAACAACACCUCCAACAACUUCACAAUCAUCUAGUGCAGUUUCAACUACAACUUCAUCUCAGACCACCACUUCUGCAUCAACAUCUAUGGAAACAUCUACAGCAUCACCUACAACAAAAACUUCAUCACCUACUGUAUCAUCAGCUACCACUUCAUCACCAGUAACUACAAAAUCCCAAACAUUACCUUCAUCAUCAACGUCCACAGUAAGCUCUCUAACAACACCUUCAGCUACCACAACAUUAUCCACUGAAUUACCACCCUACACUUCAUCACCUCUUACUACAAAAGGUCAAAAACUGACUUCAGCCUCAACAUCUACAGAAACAUCUCCAACAACACCUCCAACAACUUCACAAUCAUAUAGUGCAGUUUCAGCUACAACUUCAUCUCAGACCACCAUUUUUGCAUCCACAUUUUUGGAAACAUCUACAGCAUCACAUACAACAACAACUUCAUCACCUACUGUAUCUUCAGCUACCACCUCAUCACAAGUAACUACAAAUUCCCAAACAUCUUCAGCCUCAACAUCUACAGUAACCACUCCAACUACACCUCCAACAACCAGUGCAUCAUCUGCUGAAGCAUCAACUAGCACUUCAUAUCCUGUUACCACAAAAACAUCACCCUCAUCAUCAUCUGCAACCUCUGAAACAACAUCAUUACCCUCAACAGCAGCUGCCACCUCUGAAACAACAUCAUCAUCUACCACGGCAUCAUCUAGUGAAGCAUCAACUAGAACUACAUCUGUUGAAACAACAGUAACUCAAACAACGACUUCAGCCUCAACAUCUACAGAAACAUCUCCAACAACACCUUCAAGUACUUCACAAUCAUCUAGUGCAGUUUCAACUACAACUUCAUCUCAGACCACCACUUCUGCAUCAACAUCUAUGGAAACAUCUACAGCAUCACCUACAACAAGAACUUCAUCACCUACUGUAUCAUCAGCUACCACUUCAUCACCAGUAACUACAAAAUCCCAAACAUUAUCUUCAUCAUCAACGUCCACAGUAAGCUCUCUAACAACACCUUCAGCUACCAUAACAUUAUCCACUGAAUUACCACCCUACACUUCAUCACCUCUUACUACAAAAGGUCAAAAACUGACUUCAGCCUCAACAUCUACAGAAACCUCUCCAACAACACCUCCAACAACUUCACAAUCAUCUAGUGCAGUUUCAGCUACAACUUCAUCUCAGACCACCAUUUCUGCAUCAACAUUUUUUGGAAACAUCUACAGCAUCACCUACAACAACAACUUCAUCACCUACUGUAUCUUCAGCUACCACCUCAUCACAAGUAACUACAAAUUCCCAAACAUCUUCAGCCUCAACAUCUACAUAACUCAAACAACGACUUCAGCCUCAACAUCUACAGAAACCUCUCCAACAACACCUUCAAGUACUUCACAAUCAUCUAGUGCAGUUUCACCUACAACUUCAUCUCAGACCACCACUUCUGCAUCAACAUCUAUGGAAACAUCUACAGCAUCACCUACAACAACAACUUCAUCACCUACUGUAUCUUCAGCUACCACUUCAUCACCAGUAACUACAACAUCCCAAACAUUAUCUUCAUCAUCAACGUCCACAGUAAGCUCUCUAACAACACCUUCAGCUACCACAACAUUAUCCACUGAAUUACCACCCUACACUUCAUCACCUCUUACUACAAAAGGUCAAAAACUGACUUCAGCCUCAACAUCUACAGAAACCUCUCCAACAACACCUCCAACAACUUCACAAUCAUCUAGUGCAGUUUCAGCUACAACUUCAUCUCAGACCACCAUUUCUGCAUCCACAUUUUUGGAAACAUCUACAGCAUCACCUACAACAACAACUUCAUCACCUACUGUAUCUUCAGCUACCACCUCAUCACAAGUAACUACAAAUUCCCAAACAUCUUCAGCCUCAACAUCUACAGUAACCACUCCAACUACACCUCCAACAACCAGUGCAUCAUCUGCUGAAGCAUCAACUAGCACUUCAUAUCCUGUUACCACAAAAAUAACUCAAACAACGACUUCAGCCUCAACAUCUACAGAAACCUCUCCAACAACACCUUCAAGUACUUCACAAUCAUCUAGUGCAGUUUCAACUACAACUUCAUCUCAGACCACCACUUCUGCAUCAACAUCUAUGGAAACAUCUACAGCAUCACCUACAACAACAACUUCAUCACCUACUGUAUCUUCAGCUACCACUUCAUCACCAGUAACUACAAAAUCCCAAACAUUAUCUUCAUCAUCAACGUCCACAGUAAGCUCUCUAACAACACCUUCAGCUACCAUAACAUUAUCCACUGAAUUACCACCCUACACUUCAUCACCUCUUACUACAAAAGGUCAAAAACUGACUUCAGCCUCAACAUCUACAGAAACCUCUCCAACAACACCUCCAACAACUUCACAAUCAUCUAGUGCAGUUUCAACUACAACUUCAUCUCAGACCACCACUUCUGCAUCAACAUCUAUGGAAACAUCUACAGCAUCACCUACAACAAGAACUUCAUCACCUACUGUAUCAUCAGCUACCACUUCAUCACCAGUAACUACAAAAUCCCAAACAUUACCUUCAUCAUCAACGUCCACAGUAAGCUCUCUAACAACACCUUCAGCUACCACAACAUUAUCCACUGAAUUACCACCCUACACUUCAUCACCUCUUACUACAAAAGGUCAAAAACUGACUUCAGCCUCAACAUCUACAGAAACAUCUCCAACAACACCUCCAACAACUUCACAAUCAUAUAGUGCAGUUUCAGCUACAACUUCAUCUCAGACCACCAUUUUUGCAUCCACAUUUUUGGAAACAUCUACAGCAUCACAUACAACAACAACUUCAUCACCUACUGUAUCUUCAGCUACCACCUCAUCACAAGUAACUACAAAUUCCCAAACAUCUUCAGCCUCAACAUCUACAGUAACCACUCCAACUACACCUCCAACAACCAGUGCAUCAUCUGCUGAAGCAUCAACUAGCACUUCAUAUCCUGUUACCACAAAAACAGCUGCAACCUCUGAAACAGCAUCAUCACCCUCAUCAUCAUCUGCAACCUCUGAAACAACAUCAUUACCGUCAACAGCAGCUGCCACCUCUGAAACAACAUCAUCAUCUACCACGGCAUCAUCUAGUGAAGCAUCAACUAGAACUACAUCUGUUGAAACAACAGUAACUGAAACAACGACUUCAGCCUCAACAUCUACAGAAACCUCUCCAACAACACCUUCAAGUACUUCACAAUCAUCUAGUGCAGUUUCAACUACAACUUCAUCUCAGACCACCACUUCUGCAUCAACAUCUAUGGAAACAUCUACAGCAUCACCUACAACAACAACUUCAUCACCUACUGUAUCUUCAGCUACCACUUCAUCACCAGUAACUACAAAAUCCCAAACAUUAUCUUCAUCAUCAACGUCCACAGUAAGCUCUCUAACAACACCUUCAGCUACCAUAACAUUAUCCACUGAAUUACCACCCUACACUUCAUCACCUCUUACUACAAAAGGUCAAAAACUGACUUCAGCCUCAACAUCUACAGAAACCUCUCCAACAACACCUCCAACAACUUCACAAUCAUCUAGUGCAGUUUCAGCUACAACUUCAUCUCAGACCACCAUUUCUGCAUCCACAUUUUUGGAAACAUCUACAGCAUCACCUACAACAACAACUUCAUCACCUACUGUAUCUUCAGCUACCACCUCAUCACAAGUAACUACAAAUUCCCAAACAUCUUCAGCCUCAACAUCUACAGUAACCACUCCAACUACACCUCCAACAACCAGUGCAUCAUCUGCUGAAGCAUCAACUAGCACUUCAUAUCCUGUUACCACAAAAAGUCAAACAACUUCAAUCUCAGCAUCAGCUGCAACCUCUGAAACAAUAUCAUCACCCUCAACAGCAGCUGCAACCUCUGAAACAAUAUCAUCACCCUCAACAGCAGCUGCAACCUCUGAAACAACAUCAUCACCCUCAUCAUCAUCUGCAACCUCUGAAACAACAUCAUUACCCUCAACAGCAGCUACCACCUCUGAAACAACAUCAUCAUCUACCACGGCAUCAUCUAGUGAAGCAUCAACUAGAACUACAUCUGUUGAAACAAAAGUAACUCAAACAACGACUUCAGCCUCAACAUCUACAGAAACCUCUCCAACAACACCUUCAAGUACUUCACAAUCAUCUAGUGCAGUUUCAACUACAACUUCAUCUCAGACCACCACUUCUGCAUCAACAUCUAUGGAAACAUCUACAGCAUCACCUACAACAACAACUUCAUCACCUACUGAAUCUUCAGCUACCACUUCAUCACCAGUAACUACAAAAUCCCAAACAACAUCUACAUCAUCAACGUCCACAGUAAGCUCUAUAACAACACCUUCAGCUACCACAACAUUAUCCACUGAAUUACCACCCUACACUUCAUCACCUCUUACUACAAAAGGUCAAAAACUGACUUCAGCCUCAACAUCUACAGAAACCUCUCCAACAACACCUCCAACAACUUCACAAUCAUCUAGUGCAGUUUCAGCUACAACUUCAUCUCAGACCACCAUUUCUGCAUCCACAUUUUUGGAAACAUCUACAGCAUCACCUACAACAACAACUUCAUCACCUACUGUAUCUUCAGCUACCACCUCAUCACAAGUAACUACAAAUUCCCAAACAUCUUCAGCCUCAACAUCUACAGUAACCACUCCAACUACACCUCCAACAACCAGUGCGUCAUCUGCUGAAGCAUCAACUAGCACUUCAUAUCCUGUUACCACAAAAAGUCAAACAACUUCAAUCUCAGCAUCAGCUUCAUCUGCAACCUCUGAAACAACAUCAUUACCCUCAACAGCAGCUGCAACCUCUGAAACAACAUCAUCAUCUACCACGGCAUCAUAUAGUGAAGCAUCAACUAGAACUACAUCUGUUGAAACAACAGCAAGUCAAACAACGACUUCAGCCUCAACAUCUACAGAAACCUCUCCAACAACACCUUCAAGUACUUCACAAUCAUCUAGUGCAGUUUCAACUACAACUUCAUCUCAGACCACCACUUCUGCAUCAACAUCUAUGGAAACAUCUACAGCAUCACCUACAAUAACAACUUCAUCACCUACUGUAUCUUCAGGUACCACUUCAUCACCAGUAACUACAAAAUCCCAAACAUUAUCUUCAUCAUCAACAUCCACAGUAAGCUCUCUAACAACACCUUCAGCUACCCCAACAUUAUCCACUGAAUUACCACCUUACACUUCAUCACCUCUUACUACAAAAGGUCAAAAACUGACUUCAGCCUCAACAUCUACAGAAACCUCACAAACAACACCUCCAACAACUUCACAAUCAUCUACUGCCGUUACAACAACAACACAAUCUGAAACCACCAGUUCAUCAAAAUCUUCAACAUCUGCAAUUCCACCUACAACUACAUCAUCACCAUCUACUGAGCCAUCAACUCCUACUUCAUUGCCAGUAACUUUAAAGUCUCAAACAACAUUUCCAGCAUUAACAUCUAUAGUAACCUCACCAAUAACUACAACUAGUACCGCAUCAUCUAAUGAAGCAUCAUUGUUGGAUAAUUCAAACUUUCAAACAACCACUUCAUCCUCCACAUCUACAGAAACCUCUGAAACAAUAGCUUCUGCUUCAUCAAAUUUACCUACUACAGUGUCAAGUACAACUUCAUCUCAGACUACCACUUCUUCCUCACCAUCUUUGGAAAGUUCUACAAUAUCGUCUCCAACUACAAAUGCAUCACCAACUGAAACAACUACCACUUCAUCACCAGUAACUACAAAAUCCCAAACAUCAUUUACAUCAUCAACGUUUAUAGUAAGCUCUCUAACAACACCUUCAGAAACUACAUUAUCCAAUGAAGCAUCAACUUCUAGUUCAUCCCCUCUUGCUACACAAGUUCAAACAACGACUUUACCCUCAACAUCUACAAAAACCUCACAAACAACAGCUCCACCAACUUCAGAAUCAUCUACUGCAGUUGAAACUACAACGUCCUCGCAGACCACCACUUCUCCAUCUUCAUCUUCAACUUCUGCAAUACCACCUACAACUACAACUUCAUCAUCUACUGAACCAUCAACUCCCACUUCAUUGGCAAUAACUACAAAGUCUCAAACAACAUUUCCAGCAUUAACAGCUACAGUAACCUCACCAGUAACUUCAACUAGUUCUGCAUCAUCUACUGAAGCAUCAAUUAGCAAUUCAUCGUUGGAUACUACAAACUUUCAAACAACCACUUCAUCCUCCACAGCUACAGAAGCCUCUCAAACAAUACCUUCAGCUUUGUCAAAUUUACCUACUACAGUGUCAAGCACGACUUCAUCUAAGACCACCACUUCCUCGUCACCGUCUGUGGAAACUUCUACAAUAUCGCCAACAACUACAAAUGCAUCACCUAAUGAAAAUAGCACCUUCAAUUCGAGUUCAUCUCAGACCACCAUUUCUUCCUCACCAUCUUUAGAAACUUCUACAAUAUCAUCAACAACUACAACUGCAUCACCAACUGAAACAACUACCACUUCAUCACCAGUAACUACAAAAUCCCAAACAACAUCUACAUUAUCAACGUCUACAGUAAGCUCUCUAGCAACACCUUCAGAGACCACAUUAUCCAGUGAAGCAUCAACUUCCAGUUCAUCCCCACUUACUACACAAGUUCAAGCAACGACUUUACCCUCAACAUCAAAAGAAGCCUCACCAAUAACACCACCAACAACUUCAGAAUCAUCUACUGCAGUUAUAAUGAGAACUACUUCUGAAAUCACUCCAUCUUCAUCUUUAGUAUCUGCUAGACCACCUACAAAGACAACUGCAUCAUCUACUGAAUCAUCAAGAACCACGUCAUUACCAGUAAAUACACAAUCUCAAACAACAUUUUCAGCAUCAACAUUUACAGUAGCUUCUCCGACAACAACUUCAACUAGAACUGCAUCAUCUACUGAAGCUUCAAUUAGCCUUUCAUCGUCUGUUACUACACAAGGUCAAAGAAUCACUUUAUCUUCCACAUCUACCCAAGAAUCUCAACCAACAUCUUCAGCUACCAGUGCAUUAUCUAUUGAAGCAUCAACUAUCACAUCAUCCUAUUUUAGAAUCAUCUACUACAGCUUCAACUACAACUUCAUCUCAAUCUACAACUUCUGCUUCAACACCUUCUUCUUCAACAUCUGCAAUAUCGACUCUAACUACAAGUAUAUUAUCUAUGAAAUCUUCAACAACCACGUCAUCACCAAUCACUACAAAUUCCAAAACAAUGUCUGUAGCCUCCUCAACUACACAAACCUUUCCAACAAAGCCUUCAGCAAGCAGUGCAUCUUCUAA